AUGUUCUUGCCUAAGUUCGAUGGGCAAGGUCGGGUCACUCCGCGGGACGAGAAGGGGUAUAGACGCUCGUCGCUGGCACGGGGACGCUGUUUUAUUGCAGUCGGAUCGCGUCGCGACACGGGUGAUUGUGGGUAUCACGGUGCCGGACCACGGGCGAUAUGGACUUGUGUUGAGGUCACGCCGCGGGACAAGGAGGAUACUGACACACCUGUCGCUAGCACGGGGACACUAGAGAGCACACAGGACGAUUCGCGUCGCGACACAGAUAGCUAUAGUAGUAUGGUGCCGGACCACAGGCGAUCGAUGAGCUGUGUUAGGAGCGCAGGAGGAGCCCGAGCUCUGCAGCGGGCCCUGGAGCGAACCCACGCCGAGAACUCCGCACCAGAACUCGCGGUGAGCUCGGACAGCGGAGUGGAGGUGGUCGGCGAUCCCGCUGUCGAAGAGAGAGAGAGUGCCGGCUCCGGAGAGCGGCGGCGGGCGAUCGGAUACCGCGCGGGACGAGGGACGGGAACCGUCGGACGAGGAGCAGAAGUGUUCGACGGAGGAGGAGGCUCGGUGGCAGGUCCGGCUGCGGAAGGACCACGAAGCGGCGGCGGCCUGAUGGCAUGCCCGUCUGCAGGAGGCGGAGGAGGAGGAGCUACGUCUGUGGGAGGAACCGGUGGAGGACUCGUGGGAGGCUCCACUCACCCCCAGGUACGCGGCCGAGGAGCCCAGUCCGGGAGGGAAGAGCGAGGAUGGGGACGAGCCCUGCGCGCCAUCCCCUUCGCGGUGGCUGCCGGAGGUGCCACCCACUCCCCGCUACGAGGAGGAGUGGUUCACGAACGAAGCCCGAGACAGCGACGGACGAGCCUUGUUGGCCACGCCGCCGUGGAGGCCGGCCCGGCCACCCACGCCGCGAUACGCCGAGCCAGAGCGACCGGACGCGCAACCGCAAUCCGGAGAAUCGACCGCGCAGCCGCAGCCACAACCGCACGAGAAGGCAGUCCACCAGGCACAGGCGGAGGAGAAGACGGUGGUGCGGACGGAGGUACCGGCAGCGCACGUAAGCCACAGCACGCGGGCGUUCGUGGCCGAGGGCGUGCGGUGGAGGCAGAAGACGGUGGUAUGGACGUGGCCAGAGGGGCCCGCGACGGCACCGACGAGGGAGGAGCCCAGGAUAUGGGAGGAGGGGGUCCCCAAAGUGAAUCCUCGGGAUCCCCGGACGAGAGGCCGGCAGGAUGCGUGGGUUCCGCCUACACCGAGCACGGGCUCGCCAACACCGGCGACGACGGCAACGACGGGGGAGGCGGAAUCGCUGGAAAAGGAACUUGGGUGUGGCCCGAGCCGCCGGCCACCCAAAGACCCCCGUUGCAGCGGCAGACUUCGACACCCGGAGCGACGCGCCCGCGACCGCAGUUCAUGCGGCAG